AUGCCCGGUCUAUACUCGUUCUCUCCGGAGACGACGGAGAAGCUACGCAAGUUCCGUCUGAGCUCGUCGCGAGCCAAGGAUCCCCAAGCCCAGAUCUAUGAGAUCGAUAAGAACACCGGAGAGAUUCGUCCCAAGAACGAUGAGACAUACACAAACAUGAUGGACGUGGCCGACGACCUGCCCGAGACCACGCCGCAGUUCAUCGUCCUCAGCCACCCGUUGACCCUGAAGGACGGUCGUCUCUCUGUCCCUUAUGUCCUCCUUUACUACAAGCCCGAGAACUGCAAGACCGACACUAUGUAUCAGUACGCCAACGCGGUGGAGUUGAUGCGCACCACGGCGGGAGUCAACCGACUCAUCCCCGUCGAGAGUGAAGACGAUGUCAUCUCCAUCGCGUCGAAGCUGGCUGGCGACGAGUAA